UACCACGGCAGAUAGGAAUGAUUUUUUGUAAUGUCAAGUACAAUACACAUGUUUAUUUUAUUGGUUGAUUGUGGUGAGGGUUUUAGGAAUUCUUUUAGAUCAGUAAAACAUAGGAAACAUUAAGAUUUUUUCUUUUUAAAAUGGGAAAAGGCAAAAAAGCUUUUAUCGAUCGUAAGCAAGCCGUAACAUUCCACUUAGUCCACAGAAGUCAACAUGAUCCUCUAAUUACUGAUGAAACAGCCCCACAGCACGUUUUAUUGGAAACUACCUUUAAAAAUCAAAAAGACGAUCAUGCAUCAAAUCCUAUAGAAGAUAAAGAAAAAAGAAAAGAACAGCAACGUAAAUUUGGGGUUUAUUAUGACGACGAUUACAACUAUUUGCAACAUCUUAAGGCACCAAGCAAUAAUACAACAGUAUGGGAAUAUGUUGGAACACCAAAUCAACAAAAAAUCAAAAAAGAGAAACCAAAAUUACAACUUCCCAGUUCAGUUUUUGAAACUGAUUUUGAAGAAGAUGAAGGUUUGUUAAACAAAGCAGCUCCACGACCUGGUCCAAGACCUGAUUGGGAUCCAGAUAUUGUCGCAGCUCUUGAUGACGAUUUUGAUUUUGAUGAUCCUGAAAACGUAAUGGAAGAUGAUUUUAUUGCAAAAGCUAUGCAAGGAGACGAUGACGAGUAUGACGAUGAAUAUGAAGACGAAGACAGUGAUGUUAGUUCAGAAAAUUUAGGGGAUUUUACCGAUGAAAGUGAUGGUGAACUUGAGAAUGAAGGUAUGGAUAACUUAGCACCGUUACGAAAUAAUCGCUUUAUAGAUGAAGAAGUUAAAUCUCGCUUCACUGAAUAUUCCAUGUCAUCUAGUGUAAUAAGACGCAAUGAACAACUUAGCUUGCUUGAUGAUCGCUUUGAAAAAUUUUAUGAAACUUAUGAUGAUAUAGAAAUUGGCCCAUUAGACACGGAAGAUAUAGAUGGAAAACUUGGUCCUAGAAAUAGAUUAAUCCGACAGUGUCUUCGUGAACUGAAGAGAGGUGAAAAAAUUGAAGAUUAUUCUAAAGAAUGGGACAAGGAAAGAGUUGAAAAAUAUAGAGAAAUCCACGAAAAUGGUUCUGAUGAUGAGAUCGUUGAGGUUGAAGUGAAUGACAAAAAGUCAAAAAAAAGAUGGGACUGUGAAAGCAUAUUAUCAACAUAUUCAAACACAUACAAUCAUCCGAAAUUAAUAGAAGAGCCAAGAAAAUCACGUAAAUCUCAAAACAGAGAAUCAAAAAUAGAAAUUGAUUCGAAAACUGGAAUUCCAAUGCACGUGUUAAAGAAUGAUGACUCACAAAUCUUGACCGCAAAAGCUCUUUCCAAAUUUGACAAUCAAAAUGAUGCAGAAAAUAAACAAGAAAUUUCUGGUUCAAAAUCUCUGUGUGCAAAAUCAAUGCUCUCAACGUUGAGUGUAUUAUCUAUUAGACCAAAAGAUGAAACUCCGGAAGAAAAACGUGAAAGAAAACGAUUAUUAAAAGAGUAUCGUGCUGAGAGGCGUGUUGAGAAAAAAGCUAAUGCCGAGGCCUUCAAAGAGGAAAAGAAAAAGCAAGAACAAACAAAAAUUAAUAAUCAAAAUAAUAUUCAAGGAAAUCGAAUAUUGUAAAAAUGAAAAUAAAAUAUCGUUUUAGUUUUUGGAAUAAAA